UUUCUGCGUACCAGGGGGGAUGCUCGGAGGGUUUUGCGCAGACUGCUACUCGACGAUGAAUUCUUGUCAAGAUGAACGUCACCCGUGGAACACCACCAGUCCUGGUCGAAAAUGGCUGGAAGCCCGGUCCGCGAGUUCCUGAGGUGCCUACCCAAAUGCGAACACCACAUCCAUCUUGAAGGUGCUCUGACGCCUGAUGUUCUCUUCAGCCUCGCUGCCAAGAACAACAUCACUCUCCCGCAAGAUGAUGAGGCCUUCAAGUCACCUGCCUCGCUCCUCGAGCGCUAUCAGAGCUUCACGUCGCUCGAUGACUUCCUCCAUUAUUAUUACAUUGGAAUGUCCGCGCUGGUGACAGCUUCCGACUUUGAAGACCUCGCCUGGGACUAUUUCCAGCAUGCCUCUGCAGACGGAGUCGUACAUGCCGAAGUCUUCUUUGACCCGCAAGCGCACACGGCGCGGGGUAUCAAGUACAACACUGUGAUAGAGGGCUUCACUCACGCGUGCAAGCGCGCAGAGAAGGAGCUCGGCAUCACUACGCUCCUCACCUGCUGCUUCCUGCGCCACCUCCCUCCCAAGGACUGCCUGGAGCUCUUCGAGGAUGAGGACGUGCAGAAGAGCUACAAGAGCGGCGUGGUGCAAGCGAUCGGACUGGACAGCAGCGAGAAGCCUUUUCCUCCCGAGAACUUCACAGAGCUUUACCGCAAGGCCAAUGCUCUGGGGCUCAAGCUCACCGCCCACGCUGGUGAGGAAGCCCCAGCCUCGUACAUCUCGAGCGCACUGCGCAACCUCGGCGUCACCCGCAUAGAUCACGGAAUCCAGCUGGUCAACGACCCGGAGCUCAUGCACAAGGUUGCUUCGGAGAAGACCAUGCUCACCGUGUGCCCCUUGAGCAACGUGGUCCUCCGCUGCGUCGACACAAUCAAGGAUGUUCCGAUCCGGAAGCUGCUCGACGCUGGCGUGCAGUUCAGCAUCAACAGCGACGACCCCGCGUACUUUGGCGGCUACAUCCUAGACAACUACGUCGCCGUCCACGAGGCUUUCGCCCUGAGCGUGAAGGAAUGGGAGAGCGUUGUCAGGGCGGGAAUAGAGGGAAGCUGGUGCGGCGCUGCGCGCAAGGAACAGCUUUUGCGACGCCUCAACCGCGUCAUAGCCAACUGGGAAGGCAAGAUAUAAACAAUGAUCUGGUUCUUCGCAUUGACACAAGCAUGACAGUGAGACGCCCCGGCAAGACACACGCCCAAUGAGACAUCGGCCCCGUCGUCGCAUGCCUCGGCAACUCCCUCGUGCAAGCAUGGUCAUCUGUAUGCGCCGCAACACCACAAUCCCGAUCUCGAGACUUCCAACCUCCUCUUACUCGAGGACUCCACAAUUGACACAUCCUAGAUCAAGCCCACUGUCCCGUCCCCCGCCAUGGCCGCAGCAGACGUCCACCGCCCCAACUUCGCUUCCCUCUUCUCCCUGCCCAACAAAGUCGCCGUCGUGGGACAUCGCGGGGGCUGUC